UUCUCAAAUCUAUACAAGAAUGAACAAUCCUGUACCUUAUCCUGUAACAAUAGCUUCAAAGAGGAGGCUGACCCAACAAAUAAUGGAACAGACAUAGCUGCAACCCGUGAAAUGGAAAAGGAACUCCAAACUCAAUCCUAUACCACACGAAUGACUAUGAACCUAAUGGACUCAAACAUAAAGAUAAGGUUGAAAAACAAAAAUGAGACUAGCCAAGAAGAAGCAGCUAGAGAUGUAAAUGAAUGGCACAAAGACUGGACACUCCAUCAAACAAAAGGAAAAUCAAGAAGAGAGUAA